AUGGUUUCGUCUCUCCAGCGACCGCGAUGGAAGCACGGCUGGGAGAAGGAUGUGAAGAGGCAGAAAAGUCGCUCUACCGGGUCUCUGCAAGCCGCACAAUCGGGCAAGGUGGGGCAGGUCGAAGAGGGCGACAGGGAAAGCGGGUUCUCUUGGGAUCUUUAUGCAGGCCAGCAGCACGACGGCAGAAGCUGGGAGGGCUCUGCGAAUGAGACAGCUCGUGAGACGGGGGAUCCUCGAGAAGAUUCGGGGUGGCGAUGGCUCGAUGGAAGGGCGAGGCUCAUGAGUGAGGGGCUAUUCGGGGGAACAAGGAGACUCCUCUCGCAAGACGUCCUGGCAGGCGGGGAGAGGUAUAUUCUCAAGUCUUCUGGGUCUUCUUGCCUGGUGCUGCGGGAGACUGGUCCAGCGCGUUCGGCCAUCAUGCAUGCGCUCCUAUGGUACGUCUCGGCCAACUACAGAGUCCCAGACACGGUGAGAAGAGUUGCACCGUCCUCUGUCGAGUUGCUCUCCCUUGCCGCAAGAGACGCCAAGGACCUCUCCCCACGACGCGACUUGUACAGCUCUAUCGGUACAGCGGAAGCCCCUUACUGGUAUUCCACAAUCUCCGGACGCGGUGCAGAUGAUUAUUGGGGAUGUGAGCCGUUGCAAUGCUGA